GUGGGUCAGGAAGUGACCCCAGGAUUUGAGUCAGGGUUCUGCAGGGGGGCUGACAAGACACCCAGAGGGGGGAUAUAGGACUGUGGGAAUGGGACUGGGAGUUGGGGGGUCUGGGGGACACUGGGGCAUCCAGGAAUGACCCCAGGAUUUGGGAUCAGGCUCCAGGACAUGCUUGGGGGGUCUCCUGGCCAAGGCUGCCCCCACUCUCCCUGGGUUAAUCCCACUCUUCCUCCCCAGCCCCUCCCCAAGGAAGCCUCCCCAUGUCCCGCCAGGUCCCUCAGAUUACCCUCAGCAUCCCAUUUGUGUCCCCUCAGCAUCCCCUGGUGUCCCCCAGUGUUCUCCCUGUGUCACACAGUCUGUCCUCUCUCUCCCUUCUAUGUCCCACACUGGUCCUUGUGGACUCUUUUCUCCAUGGCCUUCUGAAUUCAGACCCUGGCACUGCUGGCAAUGACCGUGGCCACUGCGGCCAUCAAGGUGGUGCCCCUGGACAUGGCCCAGAACUCCUUUGAUGACCAGUACCUCAACUGUGGCCCUGCCAUGACUGAGGCCUUGCUGGCCCUCAAUGGCUCCGAGUUCCAGGAGAACAAGGAGUUUUCCCAGGCCUGGGAGAAGGCCACGGCCGAGUGGCAGAAGCGGGGCUCCUAUUCAUCCCCUCUGUCCCCAGCCCAGGCCAUCGCCCUCAUGGCCUACACGAUGAAGUCCUUGUAUAAGCCGUUCAAUGGAGCCGUGCACGAGGCUGGACACUCCUGCCAGGAAUACCGGGACAACUUCCACUUCAAAACGCUGCAUUUCCUGCUGACCCAGGCCCUCCAGAAGCUGAGACGCCCUAAAAAGUGUCCGGACGUAUACCCGGGGGUGAAGGAUGUCCAGUUCAAUGCAAAACGUGGUGAGAAAGUUCGCUUUGGUCAAUUCACUUCGUCGUCGGUGGACAAAAAGGUGGCCCAGGGUUAUGGAACAGACACGAUGUUCCAGGAGCACACAUGCCAUGGUGCUGACAUCCAGAAUUUCUCCUUCAAUCAAAGUGAGAAGGAGGUGCUGAUCCCGCCCUUUGAGAUCUUUGUGGUCACUGAUGUCAACAUUAAAAGAAGCACG